AGACGAUCUAAUGAGAACGGAUAGCCCCUGAGCUGCAUUUGAACGCCAACUUAACCGCAGCUAGCACAGACCAGAGUAUGGAAUUUAUUCCAUAGUGUACUCCGUAUCCAUACAGGUAUUAUUCAUACAAGUAGAAACAAAGGUAUGCAGAUCGCUUAACGGUCAAGGCGAGACACCUUUCUUUCUCAUUUUCAUUUCCUCUCUCUCUUUCCCUCUCUCUCUCUGUGAAAAGAAAGGAUAAAAAGAGGGAGGAAAAAAAUAGUGGAGAGUCCAUCGAGCUCAAACGGGGAUUUGAUGAGCGGCGGUGGGACAGCGGGGCCCUGCAGUCAUCCGACUCGAUGGCUAAUACCGCUCGGGGCUCCCGUCUGUCCGGCACCUCUCCCGAGCAGCUCAGGCCGACGGCGUACCUCGACGGCCUAAGAGGGUUUGCCGCCUUCCUGGUCUACUGGCACCACCACCAGCUCUGGGCCCACCUGCCUCCCCAAGCCGCCGCCCUCGAGUCGAGCUUCGGCUUCAACGGGCGCCACUACUUCGCCACCCUCCCCGGCAUCCGCAUCCUGUUCAACGGCGGCCAUUUUGCCGUCGCCGCCUUCUUUGUCAUCUCGGGUUACGUCCUGUCGGCCAAGCCCCUGAGCCUCAUCCACGCCGGCGACCAGGCCGGGCUGGCCGACUCCCUCGCAUCCGCCCUGUUCCGCCGCUGGUUCCGCCUCUUCCUCCCCAUCAUCUGCACCACCUUCGUCUACAUGACCCUGCACCAAGCAUUGGGCAUCUGGAUCGACGGCCUCCCGCUUCGGCCCAGCUAUCUCCGCGCCGUCUUAGACUGGUCUGCCGAGAUGAUGCGCUUCAGCUUCGUCUUCCGCGCCGACAAGUCGGCGGUGCUGAGCCACAACUUCCACCUGUGGUCCAUCCCCGUCGAGUUCCGCGGCUCCCUCGUCAUCUACACCGCCCUCCUCGCCUUCUCGCGCUGCGGCCGGAACACCCGCCUGUGGUGCGAGGCCGCGCUGGUCUUCUACCUGCUCUGCCUCGUCGACGACGCCCACUACGCCCUCUUCGCUGCCGGCAUGCUGCUCCGCGACCUCGACCAGCUGGCCGCCGCCGACGACCUGCCGCCCUUCCUAGACGACCUCCUCCGCCGGCCGCGCCGCCCCUUGGGCCUCUCGUGGGCCCCGCUGCUGCUGCUGGCCCUCUCCGUCUACCUCGGCGGCUGCCCCGCCCGCAUCGCCGACGUCGCCGACAUGAGGAGGAACCCGGGCUGGUACCUGCUCUCCUUCCUCGUCCCGGCCCCGCUCUCGGACGCCAAGUGGUUCUUCCUCUUCUGGGCCGCCGUCCUCCUCGUCGGCUCGCUGCCGCACCUGCCCCGGCUCCGGCGCUUCUUCGAGACGCCCUUCUGCCAGCACCUCGGCCGCGUCUCGUACGCGCUCUAUCUCGUCCACGGGCCCGUCCUCAGCACCCUCGGCGACCGCCUCUACGCCGCCGUCGGCUGGCCCGGCGCCGGCCGCUCCUACAACCUCCCCGGAUGGGUCAACCUCUUCCCCCUGCCCAUGUCCGGCCCCAUAGGCCUCGAGCUCGCCUUCCUGGCCCCGCACCUCAUCCUCCUCCCCAUCACCCUCUACCUGGCCGAGCUGGUCACCAAGGCCGUCGACGAGCCCAGCGUGCGGUUCGCCCACUGGCUGUAUAACAAGGUCGCUUCGGCCCCGCCGCCAGCAGGGCUGCCUGCGUGAUGUGAUUAAAUACAAAACAAGAGUCAUAUGUUUCUCCUGGCUGAUGGGGGACGAUCGCCUCGUGCGUCCUGGGCAAUUAUUUCCCAGACUGUCUGGGCGGUCUCUCGUGACUAGGGUACGGCUUUUUUUUCCUUUCGAAGCUACGUGUAUUAAUGUCAUGGUUGUUCUUUGUACCGGCGUAGGCAAAGGAAAAGAAAAAAAUAACAAAAGAGGGGAGCGGCAUAUUAUUUAUUAUUAUUAGAGUAUAAUUACCUAGAUACGACCUUGUUUAGUAUACCUUAUAUUAUAUAUAUAUAUAUAAUU